CGUUUGGAAGCUCACCACCCGGGGUUCGAUGACCUGAUCCUCCUCAUUUCCACGGGGGCAAUACGCCACGCCUCGAUAGCUCGGGAACCCUUCCCUGUCGCUCGCUCAUGAUGCCGCCUCGACCUCCGCCUUCGCCUCCCUCGGUCGCCGCUCAGUGGACUCCACACCUAAUAAUCCUUCUCAAAUCUAAGGGACACUACAAGCAUCCUUCUCAAAUCUAGGGGACACUACGAGCAUCCGCAUGGAGAGAAGCAAUGGUGUGAGGAUCUACACGGGGAGGACCAACGGUGCGAGGAUCCGCAUGGGGAGGACCAACAACGCGAGGAUCGUUGGGGCUGCAGUUGAGGGAGCUUCUUCGGAAGGUAUGAAACCAAAUUCUUUUAUGUGUUGAUUUCGUGCAAAAUUCUUGGUAGGUCUGGCAGUUGGUUUUGGCUUUGCUUUGCUUUGCUUUGAUUUGAUAUAGAGAGAGAAGGAGAUGAAUCAGAAGAGAAGAUAGGAUUUUCGUCGGCGACAUCGAGAUCGAGAUUGUUGAGACUGAGCGCGCAUCGCACAAUGUCAUCAGAUCUUCGCUUCCAAUUUCGAUCCUUGCUUGUCUUCACCGUCCUGUCGCCGUCAUCGAUUGCAGGAUAUCAAGCUCAUACUGAAGGAGACUCAACACCAAUGGUUACGCCCUUCUGAAAUCUGUGAAAUACUUAAAAACUACAGGAACUUCUGUAUUGCUCCAGAACCACCAAACAGGCCUCCAAGUAUGACAUCAGUCUCCUACAUCAAAGACUGAUGCAGCUUAGUGGUAUUUUUGCAUAAAAGUAAUUUUUCUUGAUAAGAUAAAUCUGUGAAAUACUUAAAAACUACAGAAACUUACUGGUAUUCCUGAACCCUACAUGAUGAUUUUUUAUUUCUAGUUUGUUAUUGCACUUUUUUUACAAUGUGAGUAUGUGUUUAUGCAGAUUGUUAUGUUCUAUAAAGUUACCUAAGGAAUGCUAUCUCAAAAUGUGAUGUUCGCUUGUGACUUCGAUCUAAAAUUCACAUUUAUUUUAUGUGGGCGGAAAGGGUCUGCAUCUGAUGCAGGAGUUCUGCGAUUUGCUCUUAUGAAGGGUUUUAAUGUGCCAGAGGGGAAAUUUUACCUCGUAUAUGGUGGCUAUGCAAACACACCGUCCUUCAUUGCUCCAUAUCGAGGAGUUAGAUACCAUAUUAGUAAGUUUAGAGGCGUCGUUCGUCUCGAAGAAAUGAUUAUGCAAACUAUAAAGGAUUGUUCAAUCAUCGACAUGCAAUCCUCCACAAUCACAUUGAACGAGCAAUAGGAGUGCUGAAAAAACGGUUUCUAAUUUUGGAAGUGGGGACAUUCCAUCCAAUAAAGUCUCAGAUUAAGAUUGCAGUUGCAGCGGUUGCAUUUCAUAAUAUCAUUAGAGGGCAAAAUGGUCAAGAAGGGUGGCUAGAUGACCAACAUGUUUAUAUUGAGCCAUCCAAUUAUGUUGACUUGCCGAGGGGGACAAUAACUAUACAAACAAUAUGGAAUCAAUUGAUAGAAGCACCCUAAGAGAUCAGAUUGUACUACAAAUGUGGGCUGUCUACAAUAAUUAGUUGAGCAUGAUGUCUUGUAAUGUAGUAUGAUAGCACUAGUUUGUGUGCUAGACAUUUAAAGUACUACUAAUGUAGUUCUUAAAUUUGUUCAUAAUGUAGUUCUUGAUAUGUUUCAUAAUGUUCUUAAAUUUGUUCAGAUUUCUCAUAAUGUUCUUUUAUAAUAAGCAUAUUUUGCUUAAAUUUAUUGUGAAAAAUAUGUUCAUGUCAACAGAAGGUACAAGAGCUUCAUGCAUUGGCAGAUUAGCACUCAGUUGCUACAAUGCUGAUCUUGGUUGGUGUUUAGUGUCAUGUUUUAGUGAAGAAUAGUAUUAUUUUUACUUAAUAUUGACUCUAGGCCUCAAUCAUGUUGGACAGCCAUGGAUAAUGUUUUUUCAGGUCUCAAAUUUUGUUGAUGUAUGGAUGAAGAGAAGCACAAUUUGAGUGUUGGUGCAGAUUUUAGCUAGUCUUUUUUAGUUUUAAUGGGAUGGAGGGAACCAAAAUUUGAAUGUAUGGAUAAUCUUGUAAUUUUGGUGCAGAUUUAUGGAUUUUUAAUGAUUUUACAACGAGUUUCUCAUUUUAUUAUUUCUUUCUGAAUUUUUAUUGAUUUUUUUCUGAUUUUUAAGACUAUUCUAAUUCCUCAGAGUUUUUAUCCCCUCGGUCCCCGAACAGCGGCAGGAAACAUACUAACCCAUAACGAAAUUCCCUCAAGAGAAAUGAAAUGCCCUCUAAAUCUCCCUUGUGGAUUUUCUUCCUGGGCUCUUUUCCCCUUGUUCCCAAACAAAUUCGGAGUGGAGCUGCCCGCUCUAAACCCUCAAGUUCUCUUGUCUCCGUCGUCUGGUACUCAACACCGCUCUCCAAAUCCCCAAAACCCUAACCCAUCCACCGCACCUCCGCCGCCGCCGCCGCCAUGGGAAGAAGAGGAGGCGGCCGCAAGCCCCGCGACUUCGCGACCUUCCGCCUCUUCCCCCGCGACGGCGCCGCCGACCCCAACGACCGCGUCUUCGUCCGUGUCGACAACAACGCCUACACCGUCCCCGGCUUCGCCGACGAGGACUCCUUCGACCCCUCCCUGUCCGACCCCUCCGCCGAUGCCGACCACCUCUCUUCCUCCGCCUCCGGCCCUCUCCCUGAACACGUCCGCUGCCAGAUCCUCGAGCUCGGCCUCCCAGACGACGGCUACAACUACCUCUUCCACCUCCGCGAGCUCCGCCCUUCUCCCGCCGCCGCCUCAUCUCCCGUCCCCAGCUCCACCGCCCGCCCCGAGCCCCUCCCCCUCGACGUCAAGGCGUAUGAUGCAAGUAGGGUACGGGUUGGCCCCAGAGAGGAUGACUUGGACGAGGGGAAGACGAUGUGUAAGGUGGCUACGAAGACGGCGCUGGUGAGGCGGGUGGAGAGGGCUGUCGACCCUGAUGUUGCAAGGUUGCUUGAUGAGAGCGAUGUGUCUCAUGGCGGGUCAGAGGAUGAGGGGUUGGAGGAGGAUUUUGUCGUCAUGGCGAACCGGGCUGAGGGGGAUGAGGAGGUGGAGGAGGAAGAGGAAGAAGGGAAUGAUGUGUUCAGUGAUGUGGAAGACGGGGAAGAGUUUGAGAAUGCAGAGGAUGAGCCCAAGCCGAGAGUGCAGCGAUUGCUGGAUGAACAGUUUGAUCUGCUUGCUUUGGAAGAAUAUGGUGACAGCGAUGAUGAUGGCAGAGGUGUUAGAGAUGGGGAAUAUGAACUGCCAAGUGAAGUUAUAGAUGAAUUGAAAUUGUUCCACACUCAAAAUGUAUGUGUUGAUGAAGAAUAUAGAACACCGGCAGAUUUUGUUCGUAGAAAACUUGACUCAAGCACAGCAGAUGAGGUGGAUGAAUCUACUAAUGUAAUAAAAAAGUGUGCUGAAUAUGCUGAAAGGUAUUUGAAUGAAGCUGCAGAGGAAGAAGAGGUUGUACUGGUUUCAGAAAGCAGUGACGAAUCUGAAGUUUGGGACUGUGAGACCAUUGUUUCUACAUACUCUAACCUUGACAACCACCCUGGAAAAAUUGAAACUCCAGGAAAUCCUAGGAAGUGGCUUCCUAGAGUUUUCCCUGGAGAAACAGCUACAACGAAUGAUAUCAUCAAGCUUCAGGGGAAAGAGAAACUUCCAGUAGAUUACCUACCUCAAAGGAAAAGAAAUGGUGUGAAAGAGAAGAAAGUAAAGCCAGCAGAAGCUUCAAGUGCUGCAAGUUUUAAAAAAGAAGCUCAGAAGGAAACAAAGGAAGAAAAGAAGGCAAGAAAGGCAGCAGUGAAAGGGGAGAAGAGAGAAGCACGGAAAGCAAAGAAAGAGCUCAAAGGCUUGUAUAAAUCUGAAACACAGAAGGCUCAAAGAGUUGCUGCUGUUACAGGACCAUCUUCCAUACGGCUAAUGUAAUGGUCUGGAUGCUUUGUAACAUGUUCCCUACGAUAUAGACAUAUAGUCAUAGCUGAAAUUCUAAGAGAUCCUCCAGAGCAAAACAAGACUAUGGAAGGAUAUCUCGUACCGGGGUCAUCUUUUGCCAUGCUUGUGGUUUUUGUCGACAAGAGACCCCGUCGCAUAGUUCUUGCCUUUAUAUUCUCUUGUUAAAUCUUGGAAUUUUGUCUCCUUAAUGCGAAACUUGUUAUGGGCAUAGU